UCGGGCCGAUUAACUCAAGACCUCAUUCAGUCAUACAACACAUCGACUCCAAAACACACCGACAGAAUAGAACGCAUCGUAUCGUGAAGCAGGACCAAGAAAACUGCCGUGUUUCUUAAUUUUUUGUUAAUCUUAAACAAUUUACACUAAUUACACUUACAACUAAGUCGGAUGGAGGCACUGGACCCCGAGGGACUGGACCGAGAUCCCCACGACAUGCUCCUGAUCGAUCGAAUUGGCGAUGCAGUAGCGGUCGACGAUGGCAACGAUUCCGACUCCCAGGAGCAGGAGCCACUGGAGCUCCACCAUCAGGCACAUCAUGCACUGAGGCGGGACACCCGGCGCGUGGCAAUGCUGCUGGACGCGCCACUUGAGCCUCCGCCCGUGGGCCCGUUCCAGGCCGCCCAACCACGCCCUGCGGCAAGAAGCAAGAAACGAAGCUUCCUCACAAUUGUGCGGCCGACGGUGCUCCGGAAUCGGCGGCCGGAGGUGUGCUCCCUCUUCCUGAACGCCUCCAGAGCGAUGCACGACGUCCGGGAGGAGCAGCGGGCCGAGUUCUUUGCGGAGUACCUCUUCGAAAACAUGACCAGUGAGAACUAUCCCAACGGUGCCGGCCUGCCGCAUCACUGGGGCGAGUUCUGAUUGAACGUGGGUUCGGGGAACCCGCGCCGGGUUGCCACACGAGCGGGAGGACGUUGCACGAAUCCGAUCCUCCCAGGGCCCAGAUCAGUUCUUCCACAUCCUUCCUUUCCACGUCUCUCCUGAACACACUAGGUAGGAGUAGGACUGUUGAAACAUUCUGCUUUUUGGCCCAAGGUCGGUUGGCCAGCGAUUUUGAGUUCUCGUCGACUGAGUUUCAGAAUUAAAGCAGCGAAUUCCAACGAAAA